AUGCCUCCAGACUCAGGCCUCUCCAGCUCACUGACAAGACAAAUUCACCUGCGAGGAGGAUCGGUGGUGACGGUGACUGCGCCUGAGUUAACAGCAUGGAAGCCGACACUAUACGUUCAUGGGCCCAUCAAACUGCUAAAGCCGAGUAUUGUGCCUCGCAAGAACUCCGUUGCAAGCCUGGAAGCUUUCCAGGAAGCCGUCGAUCGGGUGUAUCAACAUGCCCUGGCGAUACCGAGAAGGCGGAGCGAUGACGCUGUCGUGGACGACAUCUGCGAUUUUUUCGACGACUUCGAUCAUGAAAUGAUGGGAUUUGGAGGCGACCAAUUCAUGCGGUCUGUGAAUGAGAGCCUAGACGCGGAGGAUGUUGAGGCGGAAGAGGAGGCCGAGCGGUUCAGUACACCGCCGACCGAAAUGUCUUCUGAUUUUGCCGCUGCAGCGGUUCUGUCGAGACAUGUAGUCAUCCCAAGGCCGCAUAUACCGCCUGUCGAAACGGAGGAGACAUUGAGGGAAAGAGGGAUUGCGCGACUGGCGCGGCUCUCGAGAAGCUCGGCGGGCUCUGCUUCCGGGGAGAUGAUGGCAGAGCGAAGAGAAUCGUGCAUACUAGGCAAUUCAGAUGGCGGUAUGCAAUUGCCACUUUUGCCAGCGCCAGAAGAUGACGCUUUCGAGUCAGUCCUUCGACCGGCUGGGAGCACCGCCAGCGCUAGUGGGAGAGGCUAUUCUCAAAGCGAGUACAGCAGGCAUACCGGUACUGCCUUAACGGGCGAUUCUGGAUGUGAGUGGAACGAGCAGGAGGUUCAAGAAAUUGAUCAUAAUUUCGAGCCUGCGCCAAUUUCCAAGAAGGCUCGGCGCACUCGCAAUCCAAUCAAGAAGAUCAAGCAGGCUGUUGCGCUGGCCAAUGCUGCCUUGUAG